UCGAACAGAAACGUUUGUGCACUGAAAUGGAAAGAGGAUAUAAUUGUCAAUGACUGAUAAGUGUCGUCGAGCUCUUCUUCUUCUUACACUUGCCACCUCCUACAGAGACACAAACCAAUCUCUCUCCCGAGCGUGAGAUCUUUCUCGACUUCCGCUGCUCUUUUCUCCUGCGAAAUCCAGGAUGGAGAGUGGUGGUCAGUAUGAUAAUGGGAGGUACAAGCCUGAUUACUACAAAGGGACACCACCUUCUGUGUGGAAUAUGAUGCCUCAGCAUCAGAUAAAGGAGCAACAUAAUGCACUCGUUAUGAAUAAGAAGAUCAUGUCCAUCCUCGCCGAAAGAGACGCUGCUCUCAAGGAACGAAACGAAGCCUUAGCUGCCAAGAAGGAAGCUUUAGCCGCUCGAGACGAAGCACUUGAGCAACGGGACAAAGCUCUCUCGGAAAGAGACAACGCCAUCAUGGAGAGGGAAACUGCGUUAAAUGCUCUUCACUACCCUGAGAAAAACAACUUAAACUACAUUCUGUCAUGUGCAAAACGUGGUGGAACUGAAGGAAGAAGCCACCCACCGAGGCCUCCCCCUGUAUCACCUAUCCCAGCCGACAAGAACCCGACAAAAAGGAAAAAAGAGACCAAACAGGGGAAGAAAGUGGGAGACGAUCUGAACCGUCUGGCAGCUUCUCCGGGAAAGAAGUGCAGAAAAGACUGGGACGUUAACGAAGUCGGUUUAAACCUAGUCGCGUUCGAUGAGACGACAAUGCCUGUGCCCAUGUGCACUUGCACGGGUACCGCUCGUCAGUGUUAUAAAUGGGGAAGCGGCGGGUGGCAGUCGUCUUGCUGCACGACCACAUUGUCUCAGCAUCCGCUCCCGCAGAUGCCAAACAAGCGGCAUUCUCGGAUGGGCGGUAGGAAGAUGAGCGGGAACGUCUUCUCCAGGCUACUUAGCCGUUUAGCUGGCGAAGGGCAGGACUUGUCCUCUCCGGUUGAUCUCAAGGACUAUUGGGCUAGGCACGGCACGAACCGCUACAUCACUAUCAAGUAGACAAGCCGCUAUUUUUAUAUAUCAAGUAUGGUUUCUCUCUUUUAAAAGCUAGUUCGAAAAGAGUGAAGCUUAGGCGGCUCAUUAUUGUUUUUUUUUUAAUUGUCCAUAGUUCCCGUAAUGCAAAAUGUUUAGUAUUUGUCUUUGACUUGGUUUCAUGUUUAUGUAACUAAUAAUCAGUCUAGUGAACGAUUUCAAAUUACAAAAUCUUAACUGGGA